AUAAUCAAUUACUCUAUGGUCAAUACCGAUUGACAUUUCGCGAUUUUCAUGAAGAUACAUUUUCAAUUUCACGGAUUUUCAGCCGUUCUAUUUUAGGACAAAUGACUGAUAACAGCAUUUUCUUAAAGACGUGCUAAUUUACCCACACAUGAGUUAUGCGUGCCGUUGUCAAUUGUGAGUUAUCGACAUGAAUGUGGUAUAAAUUGAAGGUUUUUUCUCUACGGGGUCGAAGAUACAUUUUUUCUGCUAACAUGCUAUGGAAAUGUAAGGGAUGGAAGGGGCGAUGGCUUUGUGCACUGCUAGUGUUCGCGUUAUGCUUCCUGGUUGCUGCACAGAAGAUCGGUGACCCGUACAAGAUCCUAGGUAUCAAUCGCAAGGCGGGUCUCUCGGAUAUUAGAAAAGCUUACAGACAAUUAGCUAAGGAAUGGCAUCCGGACAAAAACGAAGACCCUUCGGCGGAGUCCCGCUUCGUUGAGAUCAAGCAGGCGUACGAACUACUUUCGGACACGGAGCGGCGGCAGGCGUACGACCUGUACGGCAUCACCAACGAAGACGAGCACAUGUACAAGCCGCGCCACGACUACAGCCAGUACGCGCGGUUCAGUAGCGAUCCGUUCGAGGAGUUCUUCGGCACGCACUUCCGCACCCAGGACCAGGACAUCACGCUGUUCCACAAACUAUCUGUCACGGCACGACAUUUCGAGAACAACAUAGUGGAGAAGAGCGUGCACACCCCAGCAGUGGUACUCUUCUAUACUGACUGGUGUUUCGACUGUGUACGCAACGCGGCGGCGUGGCGGCGGCUGGUGGAGGCGCUGCAGCCGCUCGGCGUUACCAUGGCGACGGUCCACGCCGGGCAUGAGGCCAGCCUGGCCCGGAGGGUGGGGGUCCACGGUGUACCAUGCCUCACGUUCGUCCUGGAUAAACACGUGUACAUAUAUAAGGAGAGUUUGUCGUCGCUGCCCAAGAUCUUGGACUUCAUCCGCUGGCGGUUUCCAUAUAAGAUGGUGGCUUCGAUCACGAACAGCAACGUGGAGCCAUUCGUGUCCGACUUUGAGGACAAUAAGGUGAAGGCGCUGAUCUUCGAGGAGCGGCACACCAUCCGGCUGCGAUAUCUUAUUAUCGCGUUCCAUUAUAGAGACCGAGUCGCUUUUGGUUUCGUGGAUAUGACGUCCCGGGACACACAGAAUGUAUCGGCCCGGUACAAGGUGGCGCGGCAGGUGGACACGAUGGUGCUGCUGAAGGAGGACAGCGCCGCGCCGGCCGCCAGCGUCAGCACCGCCGAGAUCCCCACGCAAACGUUGCACCAGCUCAUUGAACCGGAGCAGCUGCUGACGCUACCCAGGCUGUCCUCCCAGAGCGUGCUGGAGCGCGUGUGCCCGGUGGAGUGGCGCGCGGCGCGGCGGCGGCUGUGCUGCGUGCUGGUGGUGGGCGGCGGCGGCGGCGCGGCGCGGCGCCACCUGCGCGCGCUGGCCCGCGACGCGCCCGAGCGCGCGCACUACGCGUACCUCUACACGCACAAACAGCCGGAGUUCGUGCACGCGCUCGCUAAUGGAUCCGGUAUCGAUACGUCUCAAAUAGAGCAUCGCAUCGUCAUAAUAUGGCGUAAGGAGCCUACGCGCAUCCAAUACGAGUGGCUGAACGAGACAUGGCCGAUGUGCACACACGCGUGCGACGAGCAAUCAGCUGAUAACGACAAUGCGAGCGUUGACCCGGCGCGCAGGGACGAGUUCCUCAAGUACCAAGAGCGGCUGAACGAGACCAAGCGGGCGCUGGAACAGAUGAUCAAACGGCUGUUGAAACCCAAUGAGGUGUUGGCGUAUGAAACGCAUGUCAAGGAGCUGUGCGACGAGGCGGCGCAGGGCUGGGUGUGGGCGGCGGUGUCGCGCGCCGCGAGCUGGGCCGAGCGCGCCGCGGGCGCCCUGCGCUCGCACCACGCGCUCUCCGCGCUCUCCGUGCUCGCCACCGUCGCGCUCGUGCUCGCCGUCGGGUACCUCAUGGCGUACCCCUCAUGUGAGUGUAGUGUAGUACGCAUCGAAGAAGAAUCAGUGCAGCGUCAAAAAGAGGAAAGGAAAAGGCAGAAUGCGAUGGGCAAACGUAACAACAACGAUUUGCAAUCCGAACUACGAUUGCACGAGCUACGAGCGGAGAAAUAUAACGGGCUUGUCAGAUUAAUGAAGCCCGGUUGUCGAACGAUUGUACUGUUGGUGGAUAUGCAAAGCCGCGUGCAGUUGUUGUCCAAAUUCCACAGGAUUGUGUGGCCGUACCGAAAGAACAAGACGCUGGUGUUCGCGUACCUGGUGGUGGAGCGCAACAUCUCGUGGUUCCGGCGCGUGCUGGAGCUGUCGCUGGGCGGCGGCGAGCUGCGCCUCAACGCGCGCAACUGCGUCGGCACCGUGCUCGCGCUCAACCCGCACCGCAAGUACUUCUGCAUCUACCACGCCAAGCACCCCGAGUGCACCAAGCCGCACAAGCGCAUGACGCGCAUGACGCGGUCGCUGGGCGGGCGGUGCGGCGACCCGGAGGCGGGCGCCUUCAUCGGGUUCCACACCGAGCCCGACUCCUCGUCCGAGGACGCGCCCGACCCGCCCGUGCUGCUGCAGGAGAACCUUCUAGACGGUCUGGAGAACUGGCUGGACCGUCUCUUUGAAGGCAGCACGCACCGCUACUUCGUCAAUUACUGGCCGGACAUGACGAGCAAGUGAUCGCCGGUGUUCGCGUCGAGGCGUCGUCGACGACACUUCCGGUCAGUUCUUUUUAACCUGUAAACGUUGGACGCUGUGUGUGCUGGCGCAGUUUGAGGGUUUAUUCUUGAUUUUUUUUUAAUAAUAACAUUAUCUUUUAUUAUCACAGUAUUAAAAGGGUUGUUACUUGUGAGCUUGCUGAAUAUCUAAAUUAUUGUUAUUCAUUUCUAAACACCAGGUGGCGGUAUCGAUAACAAGAUAUGCAUCAUGACAUGACAUAGCAAGAAUAUCCCACCGAUACCAUUUCAAAGGUUAUUGUCACAUCUUCCAACUAUGUAUAUCCUUAAAUAUAGACAAAAUUGGUAAAUGCAAUAAAAACGGCUCCACUUGUGUUGAAAUUUAAUUUAUUUACAAUUUUUUUAUCGAUAUAUAAACUGCGCCAGCACGGCCACAUGCGCCUGCGCCACAUUCAAAACCAUGACAUGACUAAAACUUUGGUAGUGUUGUAUUAUUUUGUUAAUUUUUGUUUUUGUCGUCUAAGGAAACAUACUGCCCGGUUAUUGCCGUUAGAAUUUUCGAGUAUUAUUUAUGUAGAGUGAGAUAGCCUUUGUGUAUUGACCUCUUUGGUUUGGUUUUAUAAGAGCGGUGAUACGACCUGCGUGUAUUGGAACGUCUAUUUUUUUGGUGACAAAGGAAACAAAUUAUUCUGCCAAAACAGGGUUCAUUAUGAAAUAAAAUUAUUUAUAGAAAAAAAAAAUUAAAGCUAGUUUUAUUUUAUUGGAUUUUGAUUUUUUUAUGGCAUUAAUAUUUAAAUAUAAGACCGAAAAAUAUUGUGCCAAAAAUAUUAUAUAUUAUUAUUUAGCUAACGUAUUUUUUACAAAACGAGUAAAAUUUUUAUUGUUACUAACAUUAUGAACUACAUUAUUCACUCUACACUCACUUUUUUCAAGCAAUUGUUUGUCAUGAAAUCAUUUAGUAAAAAAAAAAAAAUAGAUUUUCAAAUAUCCCAGUUCGUAUUAACGUUUUAUUAUAAAUUGGGAAUAAUAAUUAAAUUGAGAAAUAUAUUACAUUAUUUAACGUUGUUAUAAAACCUCUCAGUAUUAACGCAGCCAUGACUUUUUUUAAUUAUUCCCAAUUUUAUAAAUUUUUGGGCUUUAUAAUUCAAAGGUCAAAAUUUCUCAUUAGGCUAGCAUAGUGCCUCUCUAACGGUUAUCGUUGCUCGUGGUAAAGUCAGUCUUGAAGUCUCUUUUGAGCUGAAUGAAAUGUGAUUCUGGGACCUGAGGACUGAUAUUUGACCUUAUAAUGUAGUUUAAAUUAAUAUGGUGUCAGAUUUACGGAGUUAUUAAGGGUCUUUCACAAUGUUUGGGUCUGUUAUUUAUGAGGAAAAAUUAUGUGUAAGGCAGUAUUACAGUUAGAGCCUUACUAAUAAAUGUGCCUGCCUAAGUUAUGAUAUCUUUUGUCUCGUUUCCUCUGGCGUUAAAUGUCACUCGUCAGAGCAAGACAAAAGCUGUAUAACUAAAGUGUAAACGCUUAUCAGUUAACCUUUGAAUAAUAUACAGACGAUUAUUUUAUACUGCUCUUUGCAUGAGCAGCCAUUAUCUGCUCAGGCAGUCUACAGAUGUGGUACCUUCUGAGGGAGGAGUUUGGAAACAACUCUUACCUGAUACCUCAACAUUACCGAGAUUGUGAAGUCCCUAUAGUAAAUAUUCUAGUUUAAUAAUAGCAUUAAUAAUAAUCCAAUUAUAGCAUUUUGAUGAACGAAUGCUGGACUAAAGAAUAUUAUGCUAGUGAUGAUUAAGAAAAAAUAUGGCUAUGACAAAAUAAAAAUUAUAGUAAAUGUAAUGUAUUGGAGAUAUGUUUUGUUUUUAAAUAUUAACGAGUGGUGUAUAAACAAUGUAUUAUCUUUAUAGAUAUAGAUGUAUUAUUGAUCAGUGUAAAGUAAAUUUAUAUUUAGGUAUUUAUUUGUUAAAGGACCCUGUCCUUAUGCGAGCCUCCCGCUACGUUAUUUCGACCGCCAAUAAAAAAAUUAACUAAGAUCAAGUGUACACUGGUGUAUACCCUUAUAUUCUGCUUUAAAUUUUAUUUGGUACAUUAAAAAUUGUUGCUAGAAAUAUCCUAGAAAUAAUCGUCGAUGAUUACAUAAACGCUGCGUGGAACAUGCAAAUGGACACGGUUCCUAUCUGUUGUCUACUGAUUGUGUUAUAAAAAAAUGCAAAUGUUUACCAGUCUUCGGUAUUAAAUUUAAAUAUACAAAUACAUGAAUAGGGGACCGGCCUUUGUUUGAUUUUGUACAUUAUUCUAUAUGUAGUGGUUAAUAAUACGAAAAAGAAACCCUCCCGCGAAAACUGCAUUAAAAUUGGUUAAAAAAUGAGCCAGUAAUUUAUAUUUCAGAUAUUACUAUGUGCCGAAGUGGGCGCGAAAUGGGGAUAUCGCUUCAUCUCUUUCUUUCGCACGCGCCGUAAUGCCCUAUGACGUCACACGUGGGUAUUGCGCCUCUUUUCUGUUUCUUGUUACUUACCCCUUCUACCGAAAUUAAAAGACUUAUAACUUGUUGAUUUUUUACCGGAUUUAAAUAAUUCUUUCUGUGUUUUAAUUUAUAUAACGUAAAUAUUUGAUAAUAAUAAAGAACAAAAAUGAGUCCGGUCCCCUAUUGAUGUUUUGUCACUGAUGUUGCAAUUUGAAGGGUCGUAGGACAUACAAUGAUUUUUGCGUCGGAGUUUUAUGCACUGUUGGAUGUAGGUUGCAACCAACUAACGAGUUUUUGACCUGUAUUCACCAACGUCACUUAGCUAAGUACGGAGCAAUGCUAUGAUAAUAAGUCAGUUUCUCAGUGGUAACUGUAUGAGAGCCUUCGCAAUGCGUAGGCAUAGGGGCGGUGUAUUUAAAAAUGUUUUUAAACGAACAAUGUCCAUCGCGAAACAAAAAUUAAUAGUUUGCACUUUCUGAUUCUUAUAGGGUUUACGACUUUGUGGUCCUAUUACACUAUAUUAUACUGUUCCCUUUUUCAUUAAAAGAACGCAAUAAGUUGCGCUUAGAUUUAAUUUGAAAAAAUCACAAGUUUUCAAUAUUAAAAAUAUUCGAUAUCGUUAUAGAAUGCACACAUAGAUAGUAAUCCGCGGCAAUCAUGUUAUUUACCCAGUGUUACCUGAGAUUCACACAAACAAAGACUUCAGCUAUAUAUUAUAGAAUAAAUCAACCUGUCACUGCAAUAAUGAACAACUGCUAUUGAUUUAUAUGCUUUGCAUAAUUAUAGAAACUGUAUAAAGUUUAAGAACAAUCUCAAUGUGUUCAUUUUCUGAAAUGGCGAAUGCAAAAACGACCUCAGUGUGAAGUAUCAACUACAAUGUACGGAACUGUGCACGCGCUGUGUCAAACAAGGUUGUGGAUUGAUUUCAUUGCGUCGCAUAUUUUUUAAUUUAUUAAUAUACAAGGAUAGUAUGUUAUUACCUUAUGUUUAAAAUCUUUUUGCAUAGUAUACCAAACAAAGAAGAAGCCGGUCAUGUGGUUAAUAAACAAAUAUUCAGGAGGGAUAAUUUGGCGACUCUCAAGGAAAGUAUUUCGAAUUUCUCCUAGUCUAUUCCUGCUGUAAUUUUUUUUUAAUUACUUAAAAUAUUAUUUGUUCUUUUUCUUCGUUUUUCCCCUACAUUCACUCCACUUCAAUGGGAGUACAGAUAAUAAGAAAUUUUAAUAAGUUAAUUAUUUAUUAUUAAAAUCAUGUCUAUAAAUUAUUAUUGACUAUAGAAUGUGCGGCGCAAUGGGCGAUCUUAGCCUCUCUAUAUUCGGGUGUCACAAACCUAAAUGCUAGUCAAAUGUUGUACCAAAUGUUAAUCAUUAAAAUAUUCUAAUGAUAAUAUUAACUGUAGAUUAUUUUCUCUUUUUAUAAACAUACAAUAAAUAUUUAAAUAGAUAUAUUAUAUGUAAUUGUAACCAUGUCUUCAUUUACAUUAGAAAACUAUAUGUGUUGAGUUUAUUGUACAGUAAAUCUAAACUGAAUGUACAUAAUUUAUGUUGUCGAUUACUGCCUCGGUGGCGUAGCUGGAUUGCGUGCGCAGGAAGGCAGCGCUCGGUGGUCCUGGGUUUGAAUCCUGGGUCGGGCAAAGUAUUAUUCAGGUUUUCUGCUCAGUUUCAGCCCGGAGACUGGAAUAUGUGCCUGAUAUGGUGAUAGAAAACAUUUGGCUAAAAGUGGGUGCUCUGGUUACACCUACCUACCUACCCCUUCGGGGAUAGAGGUGAGGAUGUGUGUGUAUUAUUUCAUAUCUAGGCACAAUGUGGAAAUGUAAUAUAAAAAGUCUUGGUAAUAAUAUUCUUGCCAUGUAUGUGUAGUUUUUGAACCAAAAUGUUAAAUUAUAAUACGAAUAAAAAAAAAUAUCUAAACUCCUCUUACGUCGCUGAUUAAAUUCUUGAACUGUAUCUGUAUAUAAUUAUCUUCUACGUGAUUAUUGUACGUAAGGUGAGGCGGUGCUAUUCCGUCUACAAGUGGAUAUUCGUCUUUUGCUACAACUAUGAUGACCGUAUAUGACAGAGUAAAAAAAUCCUUGUUUACUUACCCAGCUAUCAAAGUUGUUGUUUGAUUAGAACACCCUUAAUUGCAAAAAUACAUUAGAAUUUAGAACCUCCUCCAUUUUAGAAGUCGGUUAAAAAGUCAGAUAUACCACAUAGACGGAAUAAGACAUCCUGACUGUACCGAUUUUUACUCUUACUAUUCAAAAGAUCAUGUGUUGCCAUAAACCCAUUGCUUUGAAUAAAACAGGCAGACUGGCAAGAAACAAAGAUAAUAAAAAACUAAUAAGAUAAAAGACAUGUAUUUUGUGGCUCUCAGGAAUUUCUGUUAUUUUUGUUUGAAAAAUCAAUGUGUAUGUCGCUAUUUUUGUUAUUUUGAAUUUAUUAAACGAGGGUUAAAGGUAAAUUGGGAACGUAACUAAUGGAAACUUUGUGUUAUUCUAAACAAAAUGGAAAUAGAUUAUUACUUAAAAACAGAAGGCUAGUGUUGCCAGAACGCAUGUUUUCUUUUUCAAAAGCAUUUGUUCUUCAUUCAAGGGUUUUUCUAAAAUAUGUGUGUUGCCAAUCACAAUUGCAGUAAAAUGUAUUUGUUACAAUGUAUAAUUAAUUCCACCAAAUGGGUGUCUGUAUAUGGGUUGUUAGUUUUUGUCUGUAUUUAAAUGUUUAACAAUAUUGUAUUAUUUUUACUUUUAAGAACUAAACUAUCCUCUAUCUUAAUUCCAGUAUCAAUUUGUACAAUAAAAUAUUAAUUAUUGUUCUUUA